CGCGUUGUUGCCGCGCACGCACGCGCGUCGCGUCCCCGCUCCCCACAGACACACAACAAAAAACCACAAAACCUUAACAAUCAACCUAACGUGAAUAACAUUAGUGCUAUAGUGUACCAAUAAGUGUUAUUAGUUAACUGUUACAGUGAUACCAUUCAGUGACUCAGUGGGAAUCGCAACAGAACAUCGCACAGCGUCCAACCAUAAUGAUAUAAAACAUUUUCUACGAUAAAUCGCUUGUUACUGUGUUUUAAUCGGUCAUAAUACAAUGUGAACGAGCUGGUCCACCAAUGGUCCCUCGUUUGAUGCUACCAUGGCAGUGCAGGCUCGGCCGACGGCUCGUCACUUCCACAACCAGCCGGAGCUGCAGAGGAGCAGGGCAGGGCUCAUGCUGCGGUGGAUACUGGUAGUGUGGGUUGCGAGCUGCGGACCUCUGGGGAAUACGGUGAAGCAAGAUGGUUGUGCAUUCCCGUCCCGGUGGCACGGCCGCUGGUUCCAAUCGGGCGUGAUCCAGCCGAUCCUCAUCGAAGGAGACAGACUGUCUAACAAAGGACGGUGCCUAUCUUCGGAAGGAGAUAAGUUUCUUAUUGUUGAUGAAAAAGGCUGUUACCGCUGCGUAGUAAUGCAUGAAAAACAUAAAAACGUUCUUCAAUAUAAAGAAACAUUUUGCCAUCGAAGAGACGCCUUACCGCACCUGUGUUCUUUGAUUACUGGAGACGCGUUACUUUACUCAAUGUUUAGAGAAAACGCGGAUCCCGUCGACUGCCCUUUGAAGGGACCGUUUUCUUUUACUUAUAAUAGAGGUCAUGGUGACUGCAAGAGUCCAGUUUCAUCUAUCGAGAGCUGCACAGAAGACUCGAGACUACUCCUCAAUUAUCAAGCAUGUCCAGAUGUGUACGGCUCCGAAAGUACAGUGGAAGAGCUAGAAUGCCUGGCGACGUGGAAAGAAGGUAGUCUCCGCUUCUUAGUAGGCAAGCUGCACCACAACCACGCGACUAGCAACGAGGACCGGUACCGAUGCUUCGUUUAUGAGAAGACGAAUGACUUACUUCUCAACCCACGUGUUACAGCAACCGGUACAGUGAAGGAGCAGGUGAUCCCGCCGGGUGGCAUCGAGUACAGGGUCGCACAAUCGGGAGACGCAACAUGCAACGGACUGUUCAGUGCUACCGAAGGUUCCAGAACUAUGGCUCUUAAACGUGUAUCAGUCCGCUUCAACUGCCAGUUUCCGACGUGGAUGACGUUCUCCCACACAUGGCACACGCUGGACUUCACCAGCAACUACACGUUCUACCAGCGGAAUGCCACGUUGAGGAUAACCAACCAGACUGGCGCAGACAUCAAGGUGUACUGCGUCAAUGUGAAGGCGAGCUCGCCGAGCGGGAACUCUGUCGCACUGGUGGCACAUUGGCAGCAUCAUUGUGUAUCCCGCUACGUGUGCGUGGUGCUGUACCGGCGCGACUCGUACAUCGCGGAGCUGCAGCGCGGCGCGCCGACGUCGCGCCCGGACGACGCCUGCUCGCCGCAUCACUUCAAUGCUGUCACUGCGCCUUAUGUCACUUUAGUAGCAAGCAAUCCCGAAUCAAAAGAGUGUCCCUAUUCCGGAAAAUAUGAAAUACAAAAUCGUCGCAAGAGAGAUACGAGAUCGAGUGAAGAUAAUAGUAGUAAGAGAGAGAAAGCAAUGCUGGAACAUAAUCGUAGGGUUAAUGGGAGUAGGUUGUUCAAUUUUAGCGUAAGCAACAUGUCCAGUGCUCCCAUGUUGAGGAGUAGAAGGGAGUCGGAGGGAGAAGUAGCCUGCGUGGUCAACAGCUACAACAGGCUAGAAGUUGGCUGCAACUCCGUUAAGAAUAUGGAGUUCUAUUCCACGUGUGAGAAUAGAGAAGUCGUCACUGCGUACACGUGUCACGGCGGCUGGUACGAGAACGGCGCGUCGUUCGUGGUGACGACGCCGGUGACGCGCGACAGCACGGCGGCGCGGCGCUACUGCUUCGUGGCGCGCGACCAGCCGCGCGCCGCCCUCGCGCUGCGCCGCUCCGCCACCAACUGCGACCGCAGCGACACCGCGCCGCAUCUACUCUUUGACGCCACCGCUACUGGUGAAUGUCAAGAUCAAACGAGCCAUCAACCAGCUCUGAGGAUAUCCCUAACUUUUGUAAUAUGUCUCCCAAUCAUACACUACGUAAUACCGAGAUGAUUCCUAGUAAACGACACAAAAUAAGUCAUUUCGGACCCCUCACCCUUGUAAUUAUAGCUACGAAAAUAGGCAGGCUUAGAAACUAUUUAGUACCACCUUUAGUUACAACACUUUGUAAACAUAUAACAAGCCUUUUUUCCAGUAAUUUUCGUUAAAAAAUUAAUAUUGUAAAACAUUUAAAAUCGAUAUUACUAACGUUUACCAAUCAUAGAUAGAUUCAAUCGCCUAAAACAUGAUAUUGCCAUAACAAAAAAUAGCUAAAAUAACGAAUAACCGUUAUUUGAAAGUUGUUAUUUCAUUAUAUUUAAAUGUACAAUUUUAGAUAAUAAAUUGACAUGUUAGAUGUCGUCUUGAUUGCACAAAAUGCACGUAUAUUUCUUGAUUUCUUCUUUUUGAUUGUUGCCUCCAAGUUAAAUUAUUUUUGAUAACUGAACUAAUAAUAUUGUAGGAGGGUCGAUUGUAAUAAGAAAGAAGUAACUCUGAAGGUGGUCAAUGGGCUACCGUUUUUUUGCUCACCAAAUAGCGCCAGUAUAAUAUGAGGUCUGUUCAUCGAAUCAACUAUUAUCAAACCAUUGGUUAUUCAAUUUUGACAGCUACAGUGAUUGGUCAAAUGGCCAUCAUUAUCAGUACCAUAAUAUUUAAUUUUUUCUCAAACCUCUCUGUAUGAAAUGAUAUGUAAAUUAAAAUUGAACGAAGCAAUUUAGACUCCAAUAGACAGUUUUAUUAUUUCAAUAGAUAAAUGUGAUUCUUGGAGGCACAUCUGUUUGGAUGUCUUGUGUAUAGAAGUACUAUAUUCUAUUAGUAAAUUGUUAUCCUUGGACCAAUUUAUAAAAAUCAUUCCAGCAAGAUUUUUGUAACUAACUUCAAAGGUGAAUACUUACUAGUUCAACUGCUUUAUAGAUAAUUAUGUCUACUUGUACGUCGACAAGAACUUAGGUUUUUCCGUUUAAAUACUUUAUAGGUACUUGUAAAUCAUCAAUCUUACCUAAUAUAUUGAUUUUGUAGAGUUUACAUCAAUAAAAAUGAAUUAGAAUAAUUAUUACUCAUCUGAUUUUAUAUUUUGGUCCAAGCAUUACACAAUUUAGACAAAUGGUUGGUAGAUUUGAUGAGAAUGGUUGUGAAAUAAUUCUUGUUGCGACAGUUUUAUAUAUUAUGCAGAAAUGUCCUCGGCUUCUUAUUUCAUUUUACCUAAUAUUUUUUAUUUGUAUUUCUUUAACAUAUUUAGCUUUGUGUUAACUGUAAUUCAUGAUGCAUUUAAAAUAUUUUGCCAUUUGUUUGUUGGAAAAAUAUGUAUCUAACGUAAUAUUAUUUAUAAAAUACUUGGAUAAUUUGCUCACACGACCUGUCUCCCAUUUAUAAACUCUUGGCGCCUUUGGACAUAAAAGGUUUAGGUAGGCGAAACCGAUAUUAUUUAUACAUACACAAAAUAUAGUCUAUAACUUAUACUUAUUACAUUAUUUAAUCUUAAUACAAAUUAGUACGUUCACUACAAUUAUGAAGCUUCGAAUUAUGUACAAAAUCAUUGUAAAAUGUUACUCAGUAGCUAGAAUAAUUUUACGAUCUAGUUAAUUAAUUAACUUUAUUUUUUAUUUAAUCCCAUUGUUUCUUACCUUACCUUUUGUAUAUUUUGAUUUGUGUAAAUUAAAAUGUAAUCAUAAGUUUUUUAGAUACAUAAUAAUUAAUAAGCACAAUUAUUAUCAAGGCCCCAUUUAGUUGGCGUUGGCGUUAGUAAAAUAAGUCAUUUAGAUAAACCAUAGUUAAACGGUUUAUUUUGAUCAACCUAAGUAAGUUAUUUUUAAAGUUAUAAUUAAAUUCUUCACCCUUAUUAGAUUUAAUUACUUACCAUUAACGGGCCACUAUAUUUUUUGCAAACUGAGUGCACAAUAUCGACACUUCUGACCAACAGUUUUAAGUAACUAUGUAUUAUAUACAUACCUCUCUUCAAUUGUUUGUAGAUUACCUUCUCCAAUCAUUUACUAUAGACGUAAAUGAUUAAACCUAAACUUACUACCAACAACUUUUACAUGUUAAAUAAUAAAGUAUAAGUGUUACAAACUUUGACAAAUUUAGUCAGAAGUGUUGGUUAACCUUCCAAAAACUCAAUGCUCAAACUUGGCUAGAUUAGCAAAUUAUUUUUUAAAUGGAUGGGGUCUAAAUGAUUGUUACAAUGCACCAUAUAAUGGUUGCUUCACUAACUUUGUACUAAUGUAUUUGUUACGACAUUUUCACGAGAAAGCAAUGUUUUCUCAAAUCAAGCAAUACUACUAUAGGUAAGAUUAGAUAAGACUAAAUUUAGUUAAGUAAAAACGAAUACUCAUUUUGAGAUCAAUGUAAAAUUUAAUUAAGUUAUUAGAUAAUAAAAUCGCAACAGCAAUAAUAUAUUUGUAUUUAUAGCUAUUGAGCGUUAAAUUUUUAAUAGUUAGUAGACAGUUGUGGAUAAUGGAGCUAGCGUUGUUGUUUUAUAAUGUGACAGAGAGAUUAUUUCUUUGUGGAAGCUAACUUGUAAGGAAAUCAUUAUAAACGUCAAUAAUUAAAGAAAAAUACUUUAAAAUGGUUUUCUUCGAGGUUAUCAUCGAUAAGUUUCCAUUGUGUGAUAUAGGUACAUUGAAAUUAAUUAAGUAUAUAGUCGUCAGCAUGGAUUAAAAUAAACAGCGAAAUUGAUUUUGAA